AUAACUUUGUUUAACUUAUUUAAUUUUUGUAUAAAUUUAGAACAUACUACAACAAAGUAUAAUUUUAUCUUUUUAUGCGUGAAAAAUAAUGCGUUCAUUUUGUUAUUGUGAAAUAAGUAGUUUACAAUAUCUAGAUUAAUGCUAUUAUGCACUUAUUCUUAUAUUCUUCUCUUCAGACAUUGAGGCUUAUAAACUCCUUUUCAUUUCCUGUAAUAUUUCCGCGGUUCCAGACUGUAUUGCUUGCUUGCAUAUCUGUUGAGAAAGAAAAAAUGUCUCUCUUUUUCUCGUAUUACCAUAGCUUUCGUUAUUAUAAAGUAUAACGGUUGUUUAAGAACAUAAUUUUUUUUUAAAGUAUGGAUAAACAAUAUUUACUACAAAACAUUGUUAUUUAAUUGUUCAACGCAUAUAUGAAACUUGAUACGUUGCAAACGACUCUUUUGCGAACGUUUAGCACACACGUGCAAUAUUGCUUCCAUAAACUUAUAUCGUCUUUUAUUACACGGUUUACAAACUUCACUGUUUUAAACUUACUUGGUUUAAGUUUCUAUUCUCUACUUUUUACUUCCUGCUGCCCCGUCAAUUCCUUCGAAAAUGACAUGUCGGAGUGCAAAUCGAUUUAUAUGAUCGAUUAAGUAAUGCAAUUGUGACUACUGAGUUUGAAACUCGCCUAUUAGACAUCAAGAAACUGCCGGGGAAAUCAAGUUAAAAGUUUACAAGUAACAAGCACGAAGCUCCCUCGCGAAUUCUUUCUCCUUCUGCAGAUAUACGAGUAAAAAUCAUGCCGUAGAAUGAUAAAGCGAACUAUUCGAACGAGCAGACAACUUGAAAUUGAAUGCAGCGCCGAUCACCUUUUUCGCAUCUCUCUUCUCUAUUGCGCGAACGUUUGCGUUACACGAGUAUUAUGUUCGGCACAUUUCGCGCGUAUUAUUCGAUAGCUAGACAAAACGUUUCCUGUGACAGCCCGAGGGAAGGGAUGGGCGAUACCACUGGGACGGUCUACAUUUACGAGCAAGAAGAAUACGGCGCAUAAGACAUACGGUUUUAGACGGUUUCCAGCCGCGCUGGAGCACGACGUCUUACAAAAUGCAACCACUAAAUUACGGUUCUUACGACAGGCCGCGUCGUAAACAUUCAUAUCUCGUUGUUUGACAUCGAAUACGGGGAGAGAGCGAGAGCGGGACGCAAACAACCGGGGUUACGGUAUCUUCAUAAAAAGUAUGCCCCAUUACCGUGAAAUUUUGCGUAUAAGCUCCAGCCUUUGCUUUAUUCCCGGCCAGCUCUUUCCGUAAAGAGACGCGACGUGACGCCCCGAGCGACGUCAAAAGUUCCGUAAUCAGCCGACGGCAAUGUUAAAGAUUAUGACACCUCUCCAUACGCGCUUACCUACGGUAUCCGGUUCUCUGCGCGCGAGUAUAUAUCUUCCAAUUCUUUCAUAAUGGCAGAUAUUUUGCACCCCCGUGAAAACCCGUAGCUUUCGUACCGUUCGAUACAAAAUCCGCAUGCGGCGCCCGUUGCAACGUUCUCGUGUAUGACAUGAAAUCCCGUUGUCAACGGUUAUUACCGCCGAAUGCAAAGCGAAGCAGAUACCACACACACGUUGCUGAGGAAGCGAACGUCACCGAACGUUGCCCGCCCUAUCGCAUCAACGUAUUGUCCAUAAGCCGACCUUGAGCCAUUAGCUUAGGUAACAGUACGUGAAAAUCAUCUUCCGAUCAGUUGGCGAUGCACUCGACGAUAUCUAACUGGCUCCGAAAAUCGUACAUCGUGCCGUUUGAUCGGCUAAUGUCGAAUAUAUAGGCGACGCAUGCUGACCGCAUGGCAAUAAAUAUCGGUAAUCGAUAUUCCACCAGGGGCGAUUUAGUCCGGGCCCGCGCGCAACGCCAGCAAGGCGCGCGCCGCAAGAGCGCAAGAGAAAGAAAAACUGAAAGGGGGAUGGAACGCAGCGGGCUCGGUGAGCGAGAGAGACGAGAUCUUUGACGCUUUCAAAACCAGAAGCGGCACUCUGUACUUCGUAUUAAAAACCUUACGCUCGAAAGAACGCUUUCAGCCGCAUUGACCGACUGUGAAUGACGAAUUUGUGACCUCCUUUGCAAAAGCAAUUAUGUCACUCCUCCUCCACCUCUUCGCUACCGGAGUAGCGAUAUCUAACCCUUCUGAUGCUUUUUCCUUCGUUCCUUCUCACUCUCCCUCUCUCUUUCUGUUUCUCUACCCGCCGCUUCUUUCUUCUGCAGCCACGAACGGCUGGCUUUUACAUUUUCAAGCUUCUCGCACGGAAAAUCGCUCUUACAUUCAAAUCAAAAGACCUGACCGCGCCGCUUGAAAUGUUUUACUUUCAUCGCAGUUCAAGUUUUGCCAUACGACAGUUUAAUCUCUAUCUAACAACCUUUUUAUUGCUAUUCCGCUACUAGCAUUGUUUACUCGGCUUAAUCAUGGGACAACUCUUCUUGUCGCGUUUUGCCUAAUGCAUAAUUCUUCCUCUUUUAGUUUCGAUAUAUUUCUUUAUAAAAUAAAAAUAAGUCAAGCUGCAUAUAUCGAUCGGUUUAAAUCGGUUUUAUCAUGGUAUUCGCUGUUAUUGUGUAAAUGGAAUUGCAAAUGUGAUUGGUCAGUUUUAGUUAGAGCAACAGAGUGCUCAACAGUGUAUCACUCCACUCUUGAUGUUAAGGUCUUUGUACCAAAGAGCUAGCGAAAAAUGUUCAAAUGAUAGCGGGACGUACGACAUAAAAGCACACAAAUAAAUAUCGAAUUUUACGAACGGCUAAAAAAAAAGACAAUUUCUAGAAAAUAUGAAUGCCUGCCAGACACAGAUGCAUAACUGCGUUUUAAUCGAUAGAUUGACAAAAUUUUCUAUAUUUUAUUUCGUCGCCAGAGAGGAAAAAGCGUGCGCGUUCGAUAAUACAACUAGGAUAAUGAUUUAUUUUAAAGUCCUCCGCGUACGCACAGUGACGUCGGGAGAAGUAUGAAUUUUAGUAUCUCAAAGAGAUGAUUACGGGAGAUGUUGAACUCGUUAUCACACUGCGAUCAAGGAAGCGUAUUACGAAUAAUUUCUUCUUUGCAAGCAGCUGAAGCUAGAUGGAUAAAAGAAUAACUUGUGCUCGGAUAAUUGCUUCCUAAUGGCCGCGAACAUGAUAUCUCGCUCUUCUUUCCAUUACGCUUUGUUUCCUGUCUGUCUACUCGGAUACCACGAGCUGUUCGACGUCAAUCCAACGAUUUAACGGCGGUAUUAUAUUGCAUAACGUACCCGACGUGCAUUUACAUCGUAUGUUAUGGAAAAUCGCUUUUAUAUCACACUUGUCGUAUAAUUCGACACUUUGAUUAAGCAAAAUCACUUACCACAACAAGAUUUCCUUUUAAUAAUUAUCCUACAUUCAAUACGGGCAAUACGACGGACGACACGAUCAAUAUGAAAGAUUUUAAUUUCAGUUCAGGUUUGUGUGACUUCUGACCUUAAAAUUUAUAUGCCGUAUAUCGCGUUGCAUUUUGUUGCAAGCAGUUUAUGCUUUAAUGCGAUUUCGGCGCGACGAAACUACAUUUUCCAAUUCGCAUACCAUGCGAGUCUCGACUAGGGGUGGUGAAACGGUAGGUAAAAGGGUUUCGCGCGCGAAACUUAAUAAAUUAAUCCCGUAAACAUGGAGAAUCGUGUUUCACCGGCUAUUCCGUGCGUGUGCAUCAUGAACACGUGCACGCAUCCGCGGCAAUGGAGGGAUGCAAUACGUGCUUUGCCGGUGCAAGUCUCGCGGAAAAUAUCAGUGUACAUAGCGUUUUGCCUUCUCCUCCCCCUUCUCUCUCUCUCUCCCCUCUUCGCGUGAUAUAUUUACUUAAUAAACGUUCCGAACGGCAGGAAAAUUUAAAUUAAAUUUAUUCAGUGAAAACAGCGUAUAGGCACGAGGACGACCGCAACAUUGUUCCCGAGCGAACGAAAUGCGCGGAGAGAGAGAAGAGAGGAGGGAGAGAGAGAGAGAGAGAGAGAGAGAGAGAGAGAGAGAGAGAGAGAGAGAGAGAGAGAACCGAAGAGAGAGAGUGUGAGAGAGCGAGUGAACGUGGGUAGCCAGAAAGGAUAAAUGGACACAGAGAAGACGAUUAAAGUAGCAAGUGAGUAAAGCAAAACGAAGACGGAGGCAAAUGGAAGAAAGGCGGACACACAGAAGGAGAAAAUAUAGAGAAAAAGCGCGGAGGAAGAAGGAGAGGAAGAGGGUGUCGAAAGAGCUGCAAAAGUACGGACUGUUAAAACGAAGUGAAAAGCUCGCGAGGGAUGGCGCGACGCGUCUGAGUGACGGCGGGCCCCGUUGAUUCGGGUGUAGGAGGAAAAAAAAAAACCGUGAAAAUAUGCUCUCGGCAUGCUCUCCCUACGACGGAAAUGUGUCAAAUUCGCGCGUGCUCCGUCUGCCGUGGUACAUUCGGGCUCGGCGGAGCCGUCGCUCGUGUCGGGGAGGAUCGGCGAUGAUGGCGCGCGCUGCGACAGAGGGUGUACGGGUAACGACAAAAAAAAUAUUUGUCCGCGUUUCAUUUCGUCCGUUGCAUGCAUCGGGCGUUCGCUGCCUGACCGCUCGGACGCGUUGUUUUCGUAUUAUCCGAAAUUCUUCCGGUGUCAAUGGCCCGUAAUUCGAGCAAACAAUGACCAGCUAAACGACUCACGACUACGGCCCGCCCGUUCAUAAAUUCGCGCGAGUCUUUUUUAUUACUGUCGCGAUACGUUUCGCGAACUGCGUAACUGUAACUGCGUAAAGACUGAAACACACUAGAAAUUGCCAGAUAAAUUCCGAUUAAUUAACGAUUAUUACACUUACAACCGUCGUUGUGCGCUAUAAUCUUGUAUCCGGAACGAAAGAUAUAUAGUAAAAUGUCAAGCAAUAAUAAUCAAUAUCUGCAGAAAUAAUCAGCUGUUAUAUUUGUUAUGUUUCUGGAAUAUAAUUAAAAAAUUAUUAGGAUUAUUAUAACAGAAGAAUUUGCCUGCAUCAUUCACGUGAUUAAACCGCAACACUUUAUUGGUUGCGAUUGACGAUUAAAAAAGAAUAUUUUCUAAAUCGCAGUCAAUAAUCACAAAUGCAAUUCAAUUCUGUAAUCAUUAAUGUGACUUGGCCUUCUGCAUACCAUAGCGAGAAAUUUUGUUGUGUUUUUUUACAAGUUUGUUUAAUUACUUGCACGUGGAAUGCUAAAUGAAGUUACAAAAAUAUCAUGAUAAAACCUUUUUUGCAUUUUCUGUACACAUAUAUAUAUAUAUAUAUCUGAACAAAAUUUAUCAAGAGACAAGCAACGCACGUUUUGAAACAGUGCCAACAAUAAGAAAGAGGAUUUGCUGUUAUUACAUAAGUUUUCAUCCUAUUAUAUUAUACAUAAAAAAAUAAAGUAGAGGUAUACCUUCAAAAAAAAAAGUUCUCGUUACAUUUGCGGACUUUAAGUUGGGCGACUCGAGAUGGAUGCUGACGUUAACGCUCGCCUCAAAUUGCUGCUUUCACACGUCGCUUGUUUCUUGAAAAUUAGCAUGUUGAUUAAAAUUCGACUUGAAAGUCGCUUUGAAACGUGAAACUGGGCCGUAAGUUUCUCGGGUAGAAAACGCGUAGAGAAGCGAGAGCCGUCGAUGUCGGGGCGUGGACAAAGUGGUCAUAUUUCGCACAAGUGUCCCAUGUCUACCCUUUUGUCUUUUCCCUAGCGGCAACCGUUGAAAGCAGCUUGCUGUAAGCGGAUAUUCUAUUUAGGAAAAAAGUUGGAAGCGUGCUUGUUCCUUGCCGUUGUAUAAAACUGCUUAUCGACCGGCUCGUCCUUCUUUACUGUAUAGAUCCACUUCGUUUGAAUAUGCAAACUAAUUUAUUUCUAUACCCUCUUUUCUCGGAUCGGGCAAUAUAUAAAUAUGAUCUUCUAAAGUACUUUAUAUUUUGCGGAAGAAGUACAUGGCCAAAAGGGAAUAGCGGGACCGUUUUCCCACGAGUGAAUCGAAUGUGUACCUAUCAGCUACUCUGCAUAAAUUUGGUCUGAGUGUGACGACGUCGCAUUUAUGACGAGGACAACGUCGUUUUCGAGAGAAUCGUCGCCGCCGCACCGCGCCGCGUCGGCGAGGAAGCUCCUCAUGGAAAAUCACGUUAAAGUUUGAAAAAUUUGAUGGCAUGCUCGAAACAGACUGAAGUUCACUCGAGGGAAUGCUGGGUGGACGGCUGCAAUUGCUCACGGAACAUAUCUUCCUUCUCCCGAGCACGGCGAACAGAUUGUCAGAAACCGUCGGAUCGUUCGUUAAAGCGAAAAAUCACGUGCGCGAGAUUUACUUCGAUUUCAUAUUUUUUCGAUUGCAUCGUCUGUCGGCGCUGUUCCCAAAUGUUGAUUUAUCGCGGGAUAAACUUUGCUACUCAUGACUAAACAUUAGGAAAUGAAUAUUUAUUUUACUGAAUUUUUGAGGGAAUUAAAAAAACUGCUUUUUCAUUUUCAAAUUAAUUUAGUGAAAAUAAGAUAAUAUCUUUUGAUUCUAAUUGAUAUAUGAAACAUCUUCUAUAGACGAAAUUUAAUUAUAUUACAAAUUCGCACACUAAUGCAACUUUAUAUCGCAAAUAUUUAAGAAAUUUAAAGCAAUUAUCUUUUUACUUGAUUUUAAUUACCGCUUAACUCAUAAAGUUCGCAUCAAGUACAUAGUUCUUAAUCAUUAAGGCAUACUAUUCAAAUUCAUUCUACUUAGUUUGUGUAGCUGUUCUCGCCUCAUUUCUUCUCUUUACAUCUGCUUUUCUAUUUGCGCGAAUGUAAAAGUAAAUUAUAGAAAUUUAUUCAUCUUGAGUGCACUUUAUGCACUCUGCUUCAAAAUUGUACUUGAAAUUUUUCCAAAGUAAUAACAUCGUAAAUUUCUCAACAUAUUUCUAAUAUAUCGUGAACAUUACUAAUGUAACAUUACCAAUAAAAAGUUGAACAAAUUGAUUUCUAAAAAAUAAUUUACGAUAAUAAACAAUAAUUUUUUAAUAAUAACUUCAUUUUAAGCACAGUCAAUUAAUUUUUAGAAAUAUUCUUUGUUAAUUGAAUAGAUUUUACAAACUUUGCUUUCAAAUCUAAUAUAAUAAACAGACAGAAAUCUCAUUGUCUGUAAUAUUUCCAUUUUUACCAAUUUAAUAUAAUAGGUAAUUUAUAAUCAAUAAUUUUUCUAAAUUUUUUAAAAUGUAUUAAUACAAUCACGCCGUUUAAUAAAAUGAGCGGCUUAGAAUUACAUUUAUUAAUGAUACGUAAUGAGUACAUCAUUGAUUAAAAAUAAGAAAUAAAUUUAUAUAUAUCUACACGUAUUAAAAGAGAUAACAAUAAAGAAUAAUUUAUCUCUUUUAUCUACAGUUCUUGGAAAGCCAUGUAGUUUGAAUAAUGUACUUUAUUGAGAAUUACAAUAAAUUUCAGGAAGUACAUUAUGAACCUCUAAUGAAGAUUAUGUAUCGAGGCUAAAGAUAAACUGAGGAAAUCCGACCUAACAAUUCUACUUGUAAACCCGAUGUUGCGCGGUUAUAGUUGACACACGAGAUUAUAGAGGCAUCUCGUAAAUUGCUCUUCGGGUAAUCUGUUCGCGCUAUUAUAUUCCCUGAGUAAUAAUUACGUAAAUACAGUCCGUUAUAACUCGCUAUUUUGAUCGUCAACAUGUUUUCUGAAGGUAUAAAAGAUGGGCAAUAACGCGAUCUUUUCGCAGUGUUAAAAUGUGGUCCAACAAGUUUGUGUUGUGUGCGUUUGUGCUCGUGUGGGCCAAAGCCGAGCAAGAUGUUCAAUUAGAAAUUCCUCAGGGAUUUCUAAAGGGCCUAAAGACUAGUACCGUAAUGCAGAACAAGCCAUACUACAGCUUUAAAGGAAUACCUUACGCGAAACCCAAUGUUGGCCUUAAUAAAUUCCAGAUGCCGGAGCCAGCGGAGCCAUGGGAAGGCACGUAUGAUGGGACCUAUCACCGUUCGUCUUGUCCUUUCUUUUGUAUAAUAGAACAAGAUAUAGUUGGCGAGGAGGAUUGUCUUUUUCUUAACGUUUACACUCCGAUAUUGGACAAAGAAGCUUGUAAAGCUGUUAUGGUAUGGUUUCAUGGCGGUAAUUUCAAUCACGGCCUCGGAGACGACACAUUCUAUGGUCCUGAUUUUUUAAUCGAGCAAGAUGUUGUUCUUGUGACGCUUAAUUAUAGACUAGGCGCAAUUGGAUUUUUAAAUACUGGUGACGAGAAUGCACCUGGCAACGCUGGUCUAAAGGAUCAGGUAAUGGCGUUGAAAUGGGUCAAGGACAAUAUACAUUACUUCGGUGGCUGUCCGAACCGAGUUACGAUCUUCGGCGAAGAUGCGGGUGCAAGUUCUGUUCAAUUUCACAUGAUGUCUCCUAUGUCCGAUGGUUUGUUUAAUAAAGUUAUCGCGCAAAGCGGGAGCGCAGUGAAUACAUGGGCGAUGUCUUACGAUGCCAGAGAAGUAGCUUUUAAGUUGGGCGAAAAGCUCGACAUUGAGACUACCGAUUCUGCGGAGUUGGUCGCCAGGCUCGCGGAAUUCUCUCCGAAAGAGUUAAUUGCGGCCAGCGAUGACUUGACGUUUCUUAAACAGAGUGCCAUGAACGGCCGCACCGAAGCAUUCAUUCCAGCGGUCGAGGCUGAUGUAGGACAAGAGGUAUUUCUACCGGCUGAUCCCUGGACGCUUUUAAAAUCUGGAAAAAUUGCCGACGUGCCUGUUAUGGCCGGAUUUAUGGCCGAUGAGUCCGCCUUCCAUGUCCAGAUGAUGCUCGGCAAUAUCGAUCAGAUAAACGAGCACUUUGAGAACUUCCUGCCGAACGACUUGAAUAUAACCGAUGCCGGGCGGAAGAACCAACUAGGUGAAAGCUUGAAGAGCUACUACUUCGGGGAUAAAUUGAUCUCCACGGAAACCACGAAAGAGUUCAUGAAGAUGUUGGACGACGUCAUGUUUGACGCCGGGAUCGCACUCAGUUUAGAGGUAUUAAGCUCCCGAAUUUCAUCUCCAAUUUACCAGUACUUAUUCUCUUACGAAGCUCCUAUCGGUAUGAUAAAAUCUUUGAUCCACGUGGAACAGGGCGCUGCUCAUGGUGACGAUUUGACGUACGAAUUUUAUUCGGAAACGUUGAAAAAUAUGCCACAACCAGAUUCCCCUGCAGAAAAAAUGGUGCGCAUUUAUACGACAAUAUUGACGAAUUUUGCAAAAGAUGGGGACCCUACGUCAAAUAAGAAUGAGUAUGUAAAUGUGGAUUGGGAGCCCAGAGGUACAGAAGAUAAUUAUAUGAUUAUUAAUCAAGAUUUAAAAAUGGAAAAAGGUUUUCUGGGAGACAGAGCUGAGUUCUGGAAGGACUUAUACAAAAAUAUUCUUGACUAAUAAUAAAAUAUCGCGUCAUAUCAUGAGAAUAUAAAUGUAUUAGUUAUAUCGAAUUGUGGCAAAUAAUGACGAUGCAUACUUCGCACAGUUAUUCUUAUAGUACGAUAUGGCGAAAAAUAUGUGAAAUAUUAUAUAAAAAUUGCAAAUAUAUAUAAUAUAUUUAUAUAUAUAAAUAUAAAUAUAUAUAUAUAUAUAUAAUAAAAUCUAAACUAAGAGUAUUAGUAAGACGCUUGAUGCUUUGCAUCGAGAAGAAGGGCACCACAAAGCGACGUGAUCGAUAAAGUCCACGCUGAAUUAUAAAAUAUCCAAUUAGAGACGGCAAUAACAUUUCUUACUGAUAUCAAUUAUCAAUAUAUAUAUAAAACGAGCUAUAUAUCAAUAGUAGAUUUUGGAGUCACGGUUCUUCCAUUACGUAUUUACGUAUCACCGCAGCUAGCCUCCCAGAAAAGAUUUCUGAUACAAAAACAAAAAAAUCUUGAUAUUUAAUCUUAUUACAACCUCAUGCAGUAUACAAAUAAAGCAAUAAGAUUAAAUCAGUAAUUCCUAUUCCUCUUUCUCGAAUUAAAUAAGAUUAAUUUAUUAUUUUGAGACAAGAGUAACAAAUAAAUUUAACGUUUAGAAUAAAUUUUUGUUCGAUGUUUUAAUGCGCGACAAUAUUUGGCGUGAACUUAUAUGUGCUAUCGUCUUUUGUCAGAUUUAAAUUAACAUCUUCAGAGCGGUCUAUUCUUAAAUCUGAAAUAUUAUAAGUGUCAUAAAUUUAUUAAAUCAUUCUAAAAAAAUUAUUAGGAUAGCAUCAAAAUCAUUUUAUUCUAGAUUUAAGAACUUUCCAUUUAAGAACAAAACAUUCCUUCUUUGAUAAUAAAUAUGAUUGCUGGAA